GCUGUCUCUGCCCUCGACCCCGCCCCGGGGGUGCGCUCCCAGGUGGCGUGUUUUUGAGACACGGCUCCGAUUGGCUGUGAUCAAUGAUUAUUAUUAUUUGGAGAAGAUGUCCCCCGUCCCCCUCCUCAAGUGUCCCGGUUAGCUGUAGUUCCUUGAAGUAAGAACACGUGGGCAGAAAAGUCAAAGCGACUCCUUACCGCCAGCAACGCAGGGGCCAGGCAGAAUAACCCAUUCACAAUUUUUAACUAUUGCUGUUCAGCCAAGUAACACUACUGAGUGGACCUGUGAUGUCAGCUGCCACAGUGAUGGAGCCAGCUGGAGAUUACCUGCAGUCAUGCAGCCCUGACAGGUGUGACGUCUCUGUCAUAGAUCUUGUUGUGGAGUCUUCAGCAAAAAGCAGUGUUCCCGUCAUUAGUGAUUCAUCGGAGGAAGAGCAUUCUUCAGAAAGGGACGAGGAAGCAGACACAGAGGUGACCCCAGCCCAGCAGAUCCUGCAGAGUGGAAGCUGUGUUAGCACUCAGGAAAACAAGCCAGUAAUGGCAAACGAGCAGCAACUAUUCACAACAAGAGAGGAAGGGGAAGUGAAGCUGAGGAUGGAAGAGUCUGGCCAAGCUGCAGAGCCCGCCGUCACAGUCAGUCAGAUGUUCCUGCAAACUGUGGAGCGGUUUGGGGACCAGGUGGCGCUGGCAUCCAAGGACGGAGACAACUGGAACAGACUGACCUAUAAAGAGUACUAUCAGGGAUGUCGAACGGCAGCUAAAAGCUUCUUAAAGCUUGGGCUGGAGCGUUACCAUGGAGUUGGGAUCCUGGGAUUCAACUCUCCGGAGUGGUUCAUUGCAGAUAUCGGAGCUAUUCUAGCAGGGGGAUUUGCAGUCGGCAUCUACACUACAAACUCUCCUGAAGCUUGUCAGUACGUGGCAGAAAACUGUAAAGCUAAUGUCCUGGUCGUUGAAGAUCAUAAACAGCUGCAGAAGAUUCUUCAGGUUCAAGACAAACUCCCACAUGUGAAAGCCAUUAUUCAGUACAAAGAUGCACUAAAAGAGAAGAAACCAAACCUCUACACGUGGGCAGAGUUUAUGGAGAUGGGAACGGAUGUCCCAGACUCCCAGCUGGAUGAGAUCAUUGCCUCCCAGAAGCCCAAUCAAUGCUGCACUCUAAUCUAUACCUCAGGGACCACUGGCCAGCCCAAAGGAGUGAUGCUCAGCCAUGACAAUAUAACCUGGACAGCGUUUGCUACAGGAAAGACGGUGAAGGUGACAGAUGCCUGCGAGGCCCAGGAGGUGGUAGUUAGCUACUUGCCGCUCAGCCAUGUAGCAGCUCAGAUGAUUGACAUAUGGCUGCCCAUCAAACACGGAGGGGUCGUCUACUUUGCACAGCCUGAUGCACUGAAGGGCUCCCUGGUGAACACCCUCAAAGAGGUGAGACCCACUGCAUUUAUGGGUGUCCCUCGCGUCUGGGAAAAAAUGCAGGAGAAAAUGAAAUCGGUCGGUGCCAAGUCUUCUACCAUCAAGAGGAAGGUGGCAUCCUGGGCUAAAGACGUAGGGCUUCAGACGAACCUGAACAAAAUGCACGGGAAUUCCUCGCUCCCGUUCAAUUACCGCCUGGCAAAGAAACUGGUGUUUAAGAAGGUGCACAAGGCUUUGGGUCUGGACCGCUGUACCAAGUGCUACACUGGUGCAGCUCCCAUUACUAAAGAUACCCUGGAGUUCUUCCUGAGUCUGGACAUUCCCGUGUAUGAGCUGUAUGGCAUGAGCGAGAGCACAGGACCGCACACGAUUUCUGUUCCCAGCGCUCACAAGCUCACCAGUUGUGGGAAGGAGAUCUCUGGGUGCAAGACCAAGAUUGUCAACCCUGACUGUGAAGGAAUCGGGGAGAUCUGUUUCUGGGGUCGACACGUCUUCAUGGGGUACCUAAACAUGAAGGACAAGACGGAGGAGUCUCUGGACAGUGAAGGCUGGCUUCACUCCGGAGACCUGGGGAGGCAGGAGGAGGGCUUCCUCUUCAUCACCGGCAGAAUUAAAGAGCUUAUUAUCACAGCUGGUGGUGAGAAUAUCCCUCCUGUCCCUAUUGAAGAUGCUUUGAAGGAGGUGCUGCCUGUCAUUAGCAAUGCCAUGCUGAUCGGAGAUAGGAAGAAGUUCCUGUCCAUGCUUUUGACACUUAAGUGCAAUGUGAAUCCCGAUUCUGGAGAGCCGGAGGAUGAGCUCACCCCGGAAGCCAUUGAGUUCUGCAAGAAGCUGGGCAGCAAGGCCGUCAAGGUCUCGGACAUCAUUGGAGGCAAAGACCGAGCCGUGCACAACGCAAUCCAAGAGGGGAUCAACCGGGUGAACGAGCAGGCCAGCUCCAACGCACAGAAGAUCCAGAAGUGGACCAUUCUGGAGAAGGACUUCUCCAUUCCAGGAGGAGAGUUAGGGCCCACAAUGAAGCUGAAACGACCGGCUGUCAUGAAGAUCUACAAAGACCAAAUCGACAACUUCUAUAAGGAUUUUAUUACUCCACCCACCCCAGAGAACCCCCUCUCAACAAAAUAGGACCUCUGUACCAGCGGCUAGUCUCCAGGUUAUAACAGACACCAUCUGCAAACACAUUAUCUCUGUAUAGCUCUUUAUAGUGUAACCCUGAGCAGUUUGUUUAUAAUUGAGUCAUGUUAUGUUGUUUUUAAAAAAAAAAAAAAAAAACAUUAUUGAUG